UCUGGUGAUCCGAUAGUAGUGAAAAGCCACCACUAGUCGCCCCCAGUGCUCUUGCAGUCUCCAAUUUUUCUUUCCCAUUGUAGACUUAACGUCACGUCCGCACUUGAACUUGAAUUUUAUCCCAUUGUACGGAGGCAGCCCUCGCCACAGAGAGACAGAUAGCUCCAGGAGAAGCAGGACUCCGCCAUCUUCAUACAGGCAGAAAAGGAAAAAAAAGUCUUCGUUCAUCUGGAAAGGAGGUGGCCAGUCCAUGUCCAUGGUCUCCCGUCCGCAAAGCCGAAUAGGGGGAGCAAGCGCAAAGAGUUGGAGAGAGUGCAAAGAAACCAGGCAUCGCAUGCAAUAGUGCCCUGGAGAGGCGAAGAAUUGUCCAGCGCUUUGCACACUCCAGUGCCUACUCAAGGAAAAAUUGGAUUCCUUUUAUCAAAUUAAAAAAAGUAAUGAUUAUUUCCCUUUUCUUUAAAAUUAUUAUUGUUUUUACUCAGAAACAUUUUAACUGCCUUUGACAAAUCCGUAAGGCGCAGAGUGGACGAAGAAAGAAAGAGGCACUUGAGAGUCCAAGCUGUCCAAACGCACCGGGCAUCACAUUUCUGAUCUCCCUCAGAAGGCACAAGAGACUUUUCCAGUGAUUUCUUCACAACUGUCACUUAUCAAGGAUAAUUUUUACACUGCUGAAGUGCAUGUGUCUGUCAGCGAGAUACUGACCGUCUGCGCGUCUCUGGUCAUCUGGAGAGCCGGAGUGCGCAAAGACACUUUCGUUUCUUUCACAUCCAAGAGACCUCUAUCUGUAUCCACGGCCAGGAGCCGUGGCAGUUCUUUGGAAGUCCCGGGAAAAGUUAGUUAGUGAGGGGGGCGGAAAAAGCCCACACCACGGACACAGAAGACAGAAGAAGCGAGCCGAUUAUUCCUUGUGCGGGUCUCUGGGCGAUGCCAGUGUAAAUGCCAGGGCAAUGUCCCGUCGCAAGCAGGGAAACCCUCAGCAUUUGUCGCAAAGAGAAAUUUUAACACCGGAAGCUGAGCAUGUGGAUGCGGGACUGGCCGUGGCUGAUCUCCACUCUCACCCGCUGCUGGAUCCCAGAAUGCCUGGGCAUCUACCUCCAGGCCUGGGUGACCACGACCUCCUCACCUGCGGCCAGUGCCAACUAAGGUUCCCUUUAGGGGACAUCCUGCUCUUCAUCGAGCACAAGAAAAAGCAAUGCCAGGGUCUGACUACCGGCCACGGCUGCUACGACAAGAUGGCAGACCGCCACAGCCCCUCGCCGCCCCGCACCGAGCUGAGAAAAGUGGUGGAACCGGUCGAAAUAGGAAUCCAGGUGACACCCGAGGAGGAAGAUUACAGACUGUUGACGCCCCUAAAAGGAAUUUGUCCGAAGCAAGAAAGUGGCUUGGCAGGUAGAGACGAACCUUCAAGUUACAUCUGUACAACAUGCAAACAGCCCUUUACCAGCGCCUGGUUCCUUCUACAGCAUGCUCAGAACACACACGGGAUCCGCAUCUAUUUGGAGACCAACUCCUUGAAUACCUCCCUGACUCCACGGAUCUCCAUUCCUCCCCCCAUCAGUGCUGAAUCCAUAACUCAGUCCCCACUGACCAACUUCUUGGGAGACAAUAACCCCUUCCACCUCCUACGGAUGACUGGGCCACUACUACGGGAGCCCCCACCAGGCUUCAUGGAAAACCGUCUCCCUAAUACACCACCCUUUGUCAGCCCCCCUCCACGCCAUCACCUAGACCCCCAUCGCCUGGAACGCCUUAGUGCAGAGGAAAUGGGUUUAAUCUCCCAGCAUCCCAGUGCCUUUGAGAGAGUGAUGCGCAUGACACCCAUGACCAUCGAGUCCCAAUCCAUGGAUUUCUCCCGACGGCUGAGAGCGCUUGCUGGAAACAACAACUCCACUCCACCACUGUCACCAAGCCGUGCCAACCCUAUGCAUCGCAUUCUCAAUCCCAACCCCUUCCAUCCCAGCCCCAAGUCGCCCUUUCUGAGCACCCCUCCGUUGCCGCCUAUGCCCCCUAGUAGCACCACCCCUCCGCAGACACAGGCCAAGACAAAGUCCUGUGAGUUCUGCGGUAAGACUUUCAAGUUUCAGAGUAAUUUGGUUGUACAUCGGCGAAGCCACACAGGUGAGAAACCCUACAAGUGUCAGUUGUGUGACCAUGCCUGUUCUCAAGCUAGCAAACUGAAACGCCACAUGAAGACCCACAUGCAUAAGUCUGGCUCCAUGACUGGGCGCUCUGACGAUGGUCUGUCCACUACCAGCUCACCCGAGCCGGGCACAAGUGAUGUCACUGGGGAAGGUAUGAAGAACAGGGAUGGGGACUUCAGAGGUGAGGGCAUGGGGCCUGAUAACGAGGAGGAGGAGGAAGAGGAAGAAGAAGAGGAGCUCGAAAAUGAGAGCAGGCCUGAGUCAAACUUCAGCAUGGACUCUGAGUUCAGUCGAAACAGGGAAAAUGGUUCAAAAUCACAUUCGGACGAGACGAACCUCUCCUUGGGUAAGAUGGUGGAAAAUGUGGGGCUCAAUUCAAUCCAGCAGUACAAUAACUUGAUAGCUGACAAUCGUAAACGGCUUAUGUUCUCCAAAAGGAUCUCGGAAGGACAGAGGAUAGCAGGCGAUGACGAUUCAGUAGUGGGGGAAAUGGACCAAGUGGAGCGGGCGACAGUGAAUGGAAGGAAUUGUGGCUCUGGUGACUCUUUCUCAGGCCUGUUUCCCCGCAAGCCCACUCCCAUCACCAGCCCCAGCCUCUCUAACUCCUCGAACAAGAGGAUUAAAAUAGAGAAGGACAUGGACAUACCCCCAGCUCCCCUAAUCCCAUCUGAAAACGUCUACUCCCAGUGGCUGGUUGGAUACGCGGCAUCACGUCACUUCAUCAAAGAUCCCUUUCUUGGCUUCACCGAUUCCAGACAAUCUCCAUUUGCCACUUCCUCGGAACACUCCUCCGAAAACGGCAGCCUGCGAUUCUCCACACCACCAGGGGACCUGCUGGACGGGGGCCUCUCCGGCCGUAGUGGUACUGCUAGCGGAGGCAGCACCCCGCACCUGGGUGGGGGCGCCGGACCCGGCCGGCCCAGCUCAAAAGAGAGCCGGAGGAGCGACACCUGCGAGUACUGUGGAAAGGUGUUCAAGAACUGUAGCAAUCUGACAGUGCACAGACGCAGCCACACAGGCGAGAGGCCCUACAAGUGUGAGCUUUGCAACUACGCCUGUGCCCAGAGCAGCAAGCUCACUCGCCACAUGAAGACGCACGGCCAGCUCGGGCUUCCUGUGAUGUGUAGUUGAACGCUAUCUCAGAAGUAGCAACACGCUUACAGAAUGCACAGCUGAUUUUUCUCUUUUUUUGUUUUCUCUUCUAUAUAUAUAAAUAUAUAUAUAUAAUUUGUUUUUUUUUUUUACAAAAAGGGCUGCCUCUGUCAGCCUAAAUCACAGCCUUGAUUUAUUAGCAGUUAAACAGACAUUCAACAUGAGACCCUAACCACCACAAAUGAUUGAGCUGAGGAAAUAUUGUGGUUUUAAAUAAACAAAUAAAAAAAAUAAUAGAGAGAGAGAGAGAGAGAGAGAGAGAGAGCGUAAGCAUACACAGCUCUUUGCAGUUGACCCGCACUUUAUUUUGAUUUACACAUUUGAAAACAAGGGAGAAAACGGCUUCUGAGCAAGAAAUUAUGUUCAAAAACUGAUUUAUUGGGCCUUGCUAGAGGGAGCAUCUGAGAUUGAAGUGCCAGUGUUGAUAGGCUUGGCUUUCACAAUGCUGGCACUAUAAAAAUGAAAUUAAUUUAUUUGGACAGUUUUUGUACUGCCAUUCAAUUUGACAUGAGUGUGCCUUGAAUACUGAUCUUCCUAUUUAUUGUCUUAUAAGACAAAUGCAACACUUUUUGUGAAGCAAAGAAUUAAAAAAAAUAUAUAGAUAUUCCAUGUGGUUUUAAUCUGCUUCUAAAAUAAUGAUCGAUAAAAAUAGAUAUCACAUCAUUUAAAUUAAUAAAAAUGAAAAGUAGCCAGCACAAUACUAAUGUGUGUCUAUGUGUGUAUAUAUGUAUGCAUAUGUACAUAUAACUGCACAAACUUCAGGACAAGACUGCGUCCCUUGAAAAUAAUAUAUGAUUCUUUUGCUACAAAUAGUCAAGGAGGAGACUGGACAAAAAUCAGGAACUACAGAAACUUAAAAAAGAAGAAGAAGAAAAAAAAGUCAAACUUUUAGUGCACUCUGUCUUAAAAUAUGUUUACAGUAUUGAAACAAGUACAAGGGUAAAAUUAUAUUUCUGUGUAUGUGUGUUUUAAACAAACAAGAUCCCCCCAAGUUUGCUUAUAAAGUUUUUCUUGAUGCCACAGUGGCAUGUGUAUAUUGUUUCUUUGUUUUUUUUUUUGGUGAUGGGAUUUUAAGUAUACACACACACACACACACACACACACACACACACACACACACACACACACACA